AUGCAAGUAUCAAACGUUCAAGAGGUGCACGAAGACGAAUUACGUGACCUUUGCAGCAAGUACAACGAAGUGUUCGAACCAGCCAUGGGUGUCAUAAAAGACUUCAAAGCAAGUGUCUUUUUAAAGCCGUCAGCAACACCAAAGUUUUUCAAGAGCCGUCAAAUUCCAUUCGCACAGAUGGACAAAUUCAGAGCUGAAGCAGACAGACUUACACAAGCUGGAAUUUGGAAGCCAAUCAAAUUUAGUAAUUGGGCAUCACCAAUUGUACUAGCACCAAAACCAGGUGGCGCUAUUCGCAUAUGUGGCGAUUUUAAGCAAGCAGUCAACGCGCAGAUCGAUGUCGAACAGUACCCGUUACCGACAAAAGAGUCUCUGUUUCACAUAAUACGCCACGGCAGCAAAAUAGAUUUAAAGCAUGCCUAUCUUCAAAUGGAACUGGAUGAGGAUUCAAAAACUAUCAUGGUCGUCAACACACCCCUUGGCCUAUUUCAAUACCAGCGCCUUCCCUACGGAAUUGCCAGUGCCCCAGCGAUCUUCCAAAGGUAUUUGGAACAGCUUCUAAAAGGAGUAGAAGGAUGUGGAAACUACUUAGAUGACAUCAUUAUCUCAGCACCUACAAGCGAGCAACAUCUAAAGCGAAUCGACCAAGUUCUCAGUAUUCUUCGUGAGAAUGGUAUUAGAUGCAAAAAGGAGAAAUGCUUCUUUUUCAAGGACGAAAUUGAGUACCUAGGACGAAGAAUCAGCGCUCAAGGGAUUCUUCCAGACACCUCAGGCUUGGAGGCUGUUGAACUGUUGCGUCCGCCUUCUAAUCUGCAGCAACUAGAAGCAUUCAUGGGUAAAGUUAAUUACUAUUGCAACUUUAUUCCGAACUACUCUCAGUUGGCCGCACCAUUAAACCAACUUCGUAGAAAAAAUGUAGCAUACAUUUUCGGGCCGCAACAACAACAAGCUUUUACAGCCCUGAAGUCCCAUACUAUCAACGCGACGCAGCUAGCUCAUUUCGACGAAAAUCUACCACUAGUCCUAGCGACGGAUGCAUAA